AUGCUUGUCAAUUAUGGGUGGCCCAAGCUCCCUGUCGGCCCCGGUACCACUGUACCAACGGCGCUGCUCUGGCGCGCUGAAAAGUCGUCCAAAAAGUUGCCGCUAUCGCAACUUCCUUCCCAGGCAGGCCAAACAGCGAAAGCAGCAAAACUGGCAAGAGCAGACAAGACCAUUGAUAGCCAGGCUACGAGGCUACACGACGACGGGCAGCAAGUCAGACAAAAUGCCGCUGCUGACACUCUCCUCACCAUCCAGGUCAAGUCAAAGAGCGACGAUGUCCAGCUCUCCCUGCGCCUCAAGCACGGCCUCAUCACCAUCUUCCUCCUGGUAGACGCCCAGGACACCUUCGACAAGAUCACCUCGACGCUGCUCUCGGUCCUCCGCGAACGCUACCCCGACGGACUUGACGGCGGCCUCGUCCCUAUUCCCCAAGGCGACGACUUCCAUGUCGCGUACGGCAUGCUCAAGAAACCACAAGAUACCCUCUCGGGCUGGUCAGACCUGAACGUUGCAGAGGGAGAUACACCAGCGAGCAGAGGUGUGAAGGAUAACACCCCACUGGCCUUUGCAUUUGUUGGCGAUGAGGACGAUGAGCCCACGUUCAAAGUCGAGUUCCCACGGAUGGAGUACGAGGGAGAGGGGGAUGACGACAUGGCAGAGUGA